AUGCCUCAGCCUGAGGUAGAGGUUUACAGCCAGCACUUGCUGCAUGACGCUCUCCACUUGGCAAAUGGGAAGUGCUUGAAAAUGCUCAAGACAAGGAGUUUCGAGGGCGAAUAUGUUACGGGAGUGUCGGGCAAGGCAACUACAUAUGCCCAAUGCGUAGCCACGAAUGGCAAAACCGGAACAAAGGCCACCAUCUCGAUCGCUCCAGGUGACUACUGGGAGAUCCGCUGGGACUAUGACACUGCAAAGGGAUCUCAUGUCAACGUCAAGGUUGGGGGUAAAGGAGAGCACAAGUUUGCCGUCAUGUUUCCGCCUGAUGACUACAGAAGGAGUUUUGAGACUGCCCCGGGCUACUAUUUUGAUGCCAUCAUUGAUCAGUCAUCCACAGUGGGUUUUUACAAAGGCAUGGACGAUGCCUCUCUGGCGUAUUGUGCUGAGGAACUUGUCAGGGUCUAUCAUUUGAAGACCAAGGAUUCGUGCUCGGAUCUGCAAUGUGGUGGCUCUCUAUAG